AUGUAUCGAUUAUUGAAUUAUAUUCCAAAUGUGCAAUAUCUCAGUGUGCGUCUACAUACUGAUUUACAAAAUUUUUCAAAAGAUUCAUCAAUAAUAAGUUCUCAUUCAAUAAAUUCAAAUAUUCGUUCAUUAGAAAUUUCAACAAUAAAUAAUAUUCCAUUCAAUCAAAUUGAAGAUCUAUUUAAAAAAACAUUUAAACAUUUAGAAAUUUUAAAGUUUUUUUUUAAAACUGAUGCAUUAAGUCAAUCAUGUCUUGAUUAUAUUGAUGAUAAAAGAUGGGAACAUUUACUUCAAAGAUUUUUAUCAUUAAAAGAUUUUCAUUGUUGUAUUGAAAUACCAAUACAAUCUCAAAUAAUAUCAAAUUCAUUUGAACAAAAUCAAUUUUUUCGUAAUCAUCAUUGGAAAUUUUCUUUUCAAGCUUAUUCAUAUUCAUUUAAUACAAUGUUACGUAUACAUACUGACCCUUAUCCUAAACGACGUCUUGACAUUAUUCCUUCAAAAGUAUUUGCUGAUAGUAAUAAUAAUAAUAAUAAUAUUUAUUCGUGUGUACGUGAUCUUCGUAUAUUAAUUGAUUCUAUUGAUGUAAGUACCGUUAAUAAUUUAUCAAGGAUUAUAUAUAAAAAUGUCAUAUCACUAACACUGAUAUCGAAUAAAAUAUUUGAUGAGCAAACAUUUUUUAUUUAUUUAUAUUCAAUAAUUAAUCGAAAUAAUAUUCGUUAUUUAACAAUACAAUUAGAUAAUUGCUCAAAAAAAUUUCUUUUAAAUCUUAUUGAAAAUUUUUCUAAACUUCAUUCAUUAACAAUAUCAACAUAUCAAAGUUGGUCAAAAUUAAUUCAAUUAUCAUCAUAUAUAUCAAAAAGUAAUAUACGAUCAUUAAGUGUUUAUGAAUUAUUUGUUAAUUUUCAUCACUAUGAUUAUAUAUAUGAAUUAUUUAAUCAAUUAAAUAUUAUAUCGAUUAAUGUAACAUCAAUUGAAGAUUGUUAUCGAUUAUUAACAUUAUUAUUUAUUGGUAAUAAGAAAAAACAAAUUGAAAAAUUACGUUCAUUAACAGUCAAAUGUGAUUUUCAUGAACCGGAUGCUAUAGCAAAUUGGAUUCGAUCGAAUAUCAUUAGAAAACUAUCAUAUAAAUGUACAACAAGUACUUUGAUUAUUUGGCUCUGA